CGAAAAUAUCCUACCUGCCGAUGGAGACGGUUCAAGUCAUAACCGACCUUCACCAAGAGCUUUGACUCGUUUCAACUGUACUAUCCCCCCCCCCCCCCUCCCCUCAAAAUACGUAGGGUAUAGAUAUCAAUUUUGUUAAAAAACAUCUGCGAAACUCAUCGCCGGAAACAUCCGGCAGAAAACACCAAAAAGAAUUAAAAAACGAAAGAAGAUGAUGUUUCGUAAACACCUGAGCGCUCAAAGUUGGCGAACGGUGGGAGCAGUGUUGCUGCUACUCUCGCACUACGUCGGACCUGGAUCGUCCUUUAUGGUUGUCGUUGACGAGCCCGGUGUUACACCUGCCGGAUCAAUCAUUUUCCACGCCGGAAUGACGGAUGACGGAGGCCAGAACGGACGCCAUUGGACCUACGUUUGGUCAUCAACGUCACCGGAAACGACCAGAAGCUUUUUCCAUCUGAGCAAAGAUGGAUCGGUGCGCUUAAAACGGUCACCCAUCAGCCGGCCUUGCUCCGACUGGCCUUUGCGGAUCGAGGCCUACGACCCGACCGUCCGCACCGGAGUGAUUCGGGUCAGUUUCCCGCUAACGGUUCGAUUCAAAUCGUGCGACAACCAACUGAUUGACGGCCGUCGUGCGCACAUCGAUCAUUCGGUGCGAUUGACCACCAUCUUAGCGGACUCGGCGGGACGUGAGGUGGACGACGAUCGUCUUUUUAAUGAGAUUUGCCUGCGGCGGAGUGAGCUCAUAGUCACCAAACUGGAUGCCUACCUGCCGGAAACGGUGCGACGCUACUGCACGGCUGACAGUUGGUCUUCGUCAACGUCCAGCCGAGCGGUAGAAUCAUCGGGAGUGGAUCUCGUUUCGACAGAAUCCGAAUGCCGUCCGGGAAGGACGGACCACGCCCACCUCCAUUAUCGGCUCAAUUGUUCGUCGCCCAUCGGCAAUGGCGUUGUUGAAGCGCAAAGAGAAAUGCAUGUGAUCGCCCGAUUGGAUCCUCCUCCGCCACCUGACGUUUUGCACCGGUCCGGCCAUCGGCAGCGACGCCAAACGCCACCAGAGGCUUCCUUCUCGUUCGAACAGCCCGUCUACGUCGCGUCCGUGCCCGAAGAGCGAGACAGAGGUCUGCAAGUGAUCUCUUUAGCCGUCCGCAAUCCGCCACCUAUCGGCGUCACGUACUCGAUGGUGGCCGUCUUAGACGCUCGUUCGCAAAAACUGUUUUCCAUCGACGGCCAGACGGGCAGCAUCACAACGUCGGCUCGUUUAGACCGCGAGUCGAUGGACGUCCACUAUCUCCGCGUCACGGCGACGGAAGUGGUGGCGGAAGGAAGUGGGGCCACUAACAGACCGCAGCCGAGGAGCGCUACGGCGACGGUGCAGAUCAACGUCGAAGAUGUCAACGAUUUCCCGCCGAGUUUCGAACAGUCUAAUUAUGAAACGUCCAUCAAGGAAUCGGCUUCGAUCGGGACGGCCGUCUUGACGGUCCGCGCCAAAGACCAGGACGCCGGAGCCAACGCCGACGUUCAUUACAGCAUCGUCAACCCGUUUGGGGCUAAUGAAGCCUUCCGCAUCGACGCCAGGACGGGCGUCAUCAGCACCCGUUUGGCCCUGGAUCGUGAAACAAACGAGCAGUACAAUCUGACGAUCCAGGCUGUCGAUCAGGGACCGGUCCAGGAACGCCAAUCGGCUACCGCUUUGGUCCACGUCCAAGUCGGCGAUGAAAACGACAAUUAUCCGCAAUUCUCCGAACGGACUUAUACGGUCGACGUGGCCGAAAAUGUCAACUGGGCAGAGAAUCCAAUCAUCGCACGAAUCAGGGCGACGGAUGCUGACGUCGGGCCCAACGCUGUUCUGCGCUACUCGCUGAUUGGCGGCAACACGCAGGGUCACUUUGUCAUCGACUCGUUGAGCGGAGACGUGGCCGUGGUGCAGCCGCUGGAUUUCGAAACGGUGCGCAGCUACCGGCUCGUCAUCCGGGCCCAGGACGGCGGCAAUCCCAGCCGCUCCAACACGACGCAGCUGCUCGUCAACGUCCGCGACGUCAACGACAACGCCCCGCGCUUCUACACGUCCUUAUUCCAAGAGUCUGUCAUCGAGAACGUGCCCGUCGGGCACAGCAUCGUCCGCGUCCAGGCCUACGACGCCGACGACGCCGAAAACGCUCACAUCACUUAUAGGAUCGUCCCGUUGGCCAUCAUGACGCCGACUGGCAAUCAGCAAACGGACGAAGAUCAACUACCCUUCGGAAUCGAUCCAGACACCGGCUGGAUCGUCACUGUCCGCGAGCUGGAUCGCGAAGAGAAUCACCACCACGAAUUCGAGGUAUUGGCGACGGACGGCGGCGGUAAAACGGCGACGGCCCGCGUCGUCCUGCAAAUUCAGGACCAGAACGACAACGACCCCGUUUUCUGGCCGAAAGUUUACGAGGCCGUCGUCGGCGAAGACGCCACACCCGGAACGCCCGUCCUGACGGUGACGGCCGCCGAUAAAGACGAGAAUCCGCGUCUGCAGUAUUCCAUCGUCGGAGGCAACGUCCGCGGUCGGUUCAGCGUCAGCUCCCAAAACGGACAGGGAUUGAUUUCAGUGGCCCAACCUUUGGAUUACAAACAAGAGAAACGCUUCGUCCUGACGGUCCAGGCCAGCGACUCGGGCGGACGCAGCGACACGGCCACCGUUUACCUCAACGUCUCCGACGCCAACACGCACGCACCGGCCUUCGAAGCCGCGCCAUAUUCGGCCACCGUUUUCGAAGACGCCCCCAUAGGGACGACUGUUUUGAUUGUGGCGGCCAGCGACGGAGAUGUGGGCGACAACGCCCGGAUAACUUACGGACUAUCGGGUGAACUUGUGCCGGAAUUCUCCAUCCAGCCGGCGACGGGCGCCAUUGUGACGACCAAGCAGCUGGACAGAGAGCGGACGUCCGGCUACUUGUUGACCAUCACGGCGCGAGAUAGCGGAAAUCCGCCGCUGAGCGACACGACCGACGUGGAAAUCAGUUUGGGAGACGUCAACGACAACCCGCCCGUUUUCCAGCAGACGACUUACCUGGCCAACGUCCCGGAAGACGCCCUCAUCGGCACAUCCGUUCUCCAAGUGACGGCCACCGACGCCGACCAGGGAUUCAACGGCAGAGUUCGUUACGUUCUACUGGACACGGAAACCAACAAUUCGCCCUUCACCCUGGACGCCACUUCCGGAAUUUUGCGCACCAAUAAAUUGCUGGACAGAGAAUCAACGGCUAAAUACGACCUGCUCGUCCAGGCCAUCGAUCGCGGUACUCCCGAACUGUCCGGAGCAGCGUCCGUGGUCGUCAUCAUCGACGACGUCAACGACUCUCCGCCUUCUUUCAACAUCCCACCGUCUUCGGAUCGGGUCCGUCUCUUCAUCCAAGAGAAUUCGCCCGUCGGCUCCAAAGUCGGCGACGUCAUCGCCCGAGAUCCCGACGAAGGUCUCAAUGCUGUCGUCCAGUAUUCCAUCAUCGGCGGGCCCGACGCCGAAGCUUUCACUCUAGUUCCGCGCCCGGAAUCCGGCUCCGCCGAAUUGUUGACUCGCAUCGAACUCGACUACGAAUCGCCUCGCAAACGCUACGAAUUAUUAGUGCGCGCAGCAUCGCCGCCGUUGCGGACGGACGUCAUCGUCGAAGUGAACGUCGUCGACGUCAACGACAACGUUCCAGUUCUCAACGAUUUCCGGCUGGUCCUCAACAACUUCAAGAAUCAUUUCCCUCUAGGACCUGUGGCCCGCGUUCCCGUCUUCGAUGCCGACGUCAAUGACCAGUUGCAUUACAGGGUCGUGUCGGGCAACAGCGCGGAUUUGAUCCAUUUGAACGAAACGACCGGUUUCAUCAGCCUGUCGUCCAACCUCAACACUAACGUGCCCAUCUCGGCCGCCAUGGAAAUCUCCGUCAGCGAUGGCACAAAUGUGGUGAGAGCCGAAAUGCAACUGUCGGUCCUCCUGGUCACAGACGCGAUGCUCUUCAAUUCGGUGACGCUCAGACUGGGCGACAUGGAUCAAGAGAGUUUCCUGUCGCAGCCGCUUUACAAUUACUUUGUAGACGGCCUGGCCGCCAUCAUCCCUUGCCCCAAGGAGAACGUCUUUGUCUUCAACAUUCAGAACGAUUACGAGGCAGACGGGCGGAUACUGAACGUUAGCUUUUCGGCCAAACGUCCCGACCUACCGGGCGAGGUCCUCUACACGCAGCAGUUCCUCCAGGAACGGGUUUAUCUCCGACGCCACGCCCUGACUAAAUUAACCACCCUCCAGGUGUUACCAUUCGAUGACACGUUAUGUGUCAGAGAGCCCUGUCUCAAUUUCGAAGAGUGCCUUUCGGUUCUGAAAUUCGGCAAUGCCUCGGAUUUCAUCAGCAGUCCGUCUCUACUCUUCCGGCCCAUCCAUCCAGUCAGCACUUUUGCCUGCAGGUGUCCAGCUGGAUUCACCGGCAUGAGGGAACAUUACGUCUGCGACACGGAAGUGAACCUCUGCUACUCGAAUCCGUGCCAAAACGGAGGCAGCUGCCAGCGCAAAGAGGGCGGAUACACGUGCCUGUGUCGACAGGGAUUCACUGGAAGCGAAUGCCAACUGGAUCUGUCGGGCAAAAUGGGCGUCGCAGCCGGCGGGGGACGCGGAAGACAACAAGACAAAACGUGCAAUGGAAGGACUGGCCUUUGCGCACUGACCAACUGCACGGGCCCCGCAAAUUUCUACACGCCGCUGACUUGUCACCUGCGCUCACGCAGUUUCUAUCGAGGAUCUUUCCUCACAUUUCCAGCCUUGAGACAGCGUUAUCGUCUCCAUCUCAAACUCAGCUUCGCCACCAGAGAGAGGAACGGCCUCUUGUUGUACAACGGGCGAUACAACGAGCGUCACGAUUUCAUCGCCUUGGAAUUGAUGGACGGCCGCCUUUCAUUCUCCUUUUCGCUGGGCGCUAAUUUGUCUCACGUUGUCCUCGAACAGCCUUUCUCAUUAGCCGAUGGCGAUUGGCAUACGGUCACUAUCGAUUACUUCAACAGGACGGUGGUGUUAAGUUUAGAUGACUGUGACACGGCCGUCAGUGUUAAGUACGGCCAUAAGUUGGGUAGUAAAUGUGCCGCCCAGGUCGUUCAUCAACUGGAACCGCGCUGCUCCCAGUUUACGGAAACUUGCCACCGGUUCCUGGACUUGACGGCGCCGUUACAACUCGGCGGCCUCCCGUCGGCCUCGUCCGAGUUCCAGGUCCGCAAUCGCGACUACGACGGCUGCAUCAAAGACCUCUACAUCGACCACCAGUUCAUCGAUUUGAGCAGUUUCGUCGCCGACAACGGAACCGUCGCCGGCUGCCAGGAGAAAAAAGAAUUCUGCUCGUCCAGUCCGUGCCGCAACGGAGGCAAAUGCCGCGAGGGUUUCAGCACUUUCCUCUGCGAUUGUCCGGAUGGCACUGCCGGCAAGGAUUGCUCAGAGACUAUUGAAGGGUCGAGGCAAUUCCGCGGCGACGGCUAUUUGAUAUUCACGCCAGACGCCAAGCCCAUCGCCUUGCCGUGGUCGGCAGGCUUCGCUUUCCGCACCAGGCAGACGGAUUCGUUUUUAAUGAAGAUAGAAAUCGAACCCGCUCAUUCGGUACUCGUUGAGACUAUUGACGGGAAACUGAGCGUCACUUGGGAAUCGGGUCAGUUCACUCUGGCCGAUUCCGAGCCGCUUAAUGACGGCAAAUGGCAUUGGGCUGAACUCAAAUGGAUGCAAGGUGAACUCUGGCUCAACACCGACUACGGCCUCUACGAGAAAACCGUGCCCGUCGAGUCGAAAUUGACCGGAUUGAUGCCGGCCAGGGUCGUUCUCGGUCGAUUGGAAACGACCAACACAACCGGAUUUAUCGGCUGCAUCAAAGAUGUCAGAAUCGAUCAGCAACGCAAUUUGUGGCUGAAAUCAUCGGUCGAGCAUCGAGUGAGCGACGGCUGCAGCUCAACAGAUUCCUGUAGCGCCCGCAGCGACAUGUGCCCGCAACGAGGCACAUGCGCGGACACUUGGAAUUCGCACAAAUGCGUGUGCGACGUUGGCUUUGUCGGCGCCGAUUGCGCCAACAUUUGCGAGUACAACCCGUGCGAGAACAACGCUACUUGUCAAAUCGACCGGUCCAGUCGGCGCGGUUACAAAUGCGGCUGUCAAGGUGACACGUCGGGCGAUUAUUGCGAAGUGGCCUUAGAUCAGCCGUGCCCUGCCACCUGGUGGGGAUAUCCGGUGUGCGGGCCUUGCCGUUGCGAUACGGACAAAGGCUACGAUCCCAACUGCAACAAAAGCAACGGCCAGUGCGUUUGCCAGGAAAAUCACUACCAGCCGGUCAACGAAGAGGAAUGUCUGGACUGUAAUUGCUACCUGACGGGCUCGUUUGGGUCCAAGUGUGACGCCCUCACCGGCCAGUGCAAGUGCCGACCGGGAGUCAUUGGCCGACGCUGCGACUCUUGCCCCAACCUUUUUGCCGAAGUCACGCUCAACGGCUGUGAAGUGAUCUACGACGCUUGCCCUAGGAGUUUCGACUCGGGCAUUUGGUUCGACCGCACUCUCUACGGCCUGACCACCGCCAGAGAUUGCCCCAUCGGAUCAAUGGGCCAGGCAUACAAAACUUGCGACAAAGAAGUCGGUUGGAUGCCCGCUGAUUUAUUCAAUUGCACCACCAUCCCGUUCGUUGAUUUAAGAGAAAUGUUGCAACGAUUGGAUCAAGGCAGUUUGAACCUCAACCCAUUCAUUUCCGUGCGACUGGCUCAACAGCUGUUCAAAGCCACGAAUCACAGUUCGAAAUUGUACGGCAGUGAUAUCUUCAUUGGCCAACAGCUGUUGGUGAAAAUCUUGGAGCACGACACCCACCGUGAAGGUUUCAAUCUGACUCAUCGGCACGACAAAGAUUUCAUCAGAAAUCUGGUGAGCGCCACGAGCGUUUUGUUCCAAUUGCAAUAUGUCGGCCAUUGGAGAACGAUCGAACGAGUUCACGGAUACGGAGCAGACGCUCUGGUCAUGGCCUUCCAAAAUUACGCGGCCAAUUUGGCCCGUCAACAAAACAGUACCUACACUCUCCCCUUCGAAGUCGUCACUCCUAAUAUGGUUUUCGGAAUGGAUGUGUUGAGCACGGAACAAAUUAUAGGACACGAAUCAAAAUCGAGCGGACUGGAAAAGAUUGUGCUACCGGACACUAGCCGAUACCUGGAAGAAGGAUCGGCAGGUGUCAACAAAGAGCGGCCAUCGUCAGCCAACGUCAUUUUCCCCAAAUACAACAAUUACGUCAAAAACCCAGUGCUAUUCGAUCGAACUUCUAAAUUCUUCACGCCGCUCAGCUUACUCGGCUUCCGGCUACCGUCCAGCCAGAAGACGACGGACCGAUCCAACACCGAAACCCAACGAUCCGUCGUCAGCUACGCCAUUUACCGGACGGCCGGCGAAAUAUUGCCCCAAGUGUUCGAAGCGAAUUUAAGACAACGUUACGGAGUCGACCUGACCUUGCCAUCCACGACGAUGGGAUUGGCCGCGCUGUCAGUUGAUGGCAACAUCAUAUCAGAUCAACCAGAUGGCCCACCGAUCAAGUACCGCAUUCGAGUCGACUACGUCAACCAGCGCGCCAAUCCGCAAUGCGUUCACUGGAAACCAACGGGAUCGGGAGGGGCCGGUUCGGCCCUAGUGAAAGGCGCUUGGAGUCGCGAAGGUUGCCGAACCGAUUUCCACGACCCUUGGUUCUACGACCAGGAAGAUUUCCACGUCAAUUGCACCUGCUCCAGUUUGGGUCCAGUGGCCGUCGUCAUGAACAAGGAAGAGUUUAUAACAAUGGCGAGGGAACCGACACUGGCCGAAGAUGUGGUCACUUACAUCGGUCUGGUGGCCAGCGUGGUUUUCUUGACGGUGGCGUUCAUCUGUCUCAGUUUGAUCCGCGGCCAGCAGCAGACCAACUCCAAUUCGAUCCACCGCAAUUUCGUCGUCUGCCUCCUUUUGGUUCAGUUGCUCUUCUUGCUGGCUUUGAAACUGCGGGGAACCGUCCAACACCACGAGUUUGUUUGUAAAUUGCUGGCCAUGGGUCUCCACUACCUGUGGUUGUGCGUCUUCUCUUGGCUGAUGAUCGAGUCUAUUCACUUGUACCGAAUGUUGACCGAGCUCCGUGACGUCAAUCAUGGACACAUGAGCUUCUAUUAUUCCAUGGGAUACGGACUUCCGGCCAUCAUCUUGGGUCUCUCGGUCGGUGUCCGAGCCGACCAGUACGGAAAUUAUUACUUCUGUUGGUUGUCGGUUUACGAGUCGGUCAUCUGGAGUUUGGUCGGUCCGUGUUGCUUCAUGAUUUGCUGCACGCUCAUCACGUUCGCGCUCGGUUUGAGAGCCGCCUUCACGCUCAAAGAUCACAUCGAAGGCUACGGCAAUUUGAGAACACUCAUCUGGCUCGGACUGGCUUUGCUGCCCGUCACCACUGCCGUCUGGGUCCUGGCCGUCUUAUCGGCCAGCGACGCUUCCGAAAUUCUCUUUUACGCAUUUUCACUCUGCUCCGUUCUCGAAUCCAUUUUCAUCAUGCUGGGCUACUGCCUACUCAACCGACGGGUUCGUCUCGGCCUACUCCAUCUAGCGGGACGCAAAGACACUAUAGAUCACGAUGAUCUUCACGGACUUGGACAUCAAAUAGAAACGCAUUCAGUCACGGCCUCCCGAUCGGCUUUGGCUUAUCAAAACAAUCGCGACACGGCGUCGACUUUACAGCAACGAGAACAAAAUCAUCAGAGACAUUUAGGCAUUUCGACGGCGUCAACAACGUCCCGCUCUACUUGUAAAACGGGCAGCAGCAGCAAUUACCGCAGCGCUGAUAUGCGUAGCGGCGAUGUUUCGACGAGUACGGGCAGCCGUUCGUCAUACACGAGUAGGCAAAUCGUACACAAAUCCCCGUACGCUUACGACAACGAUGACGAAAAACCGAAAAAGAGACAUGCGUCCGGAGGAGAGAGCGGAGGCGAAUCAGACGGCCAACUGGAUUUGGCUUCGAGUCAUACGAGUGAUGACGACGAAACCGCCACCAACAGAAGUCUUAGCAUCAACAGAAAUUUAAAAGAACAUCGAAAACCAGAAUUGCCUUCAAAACCAGCCUUCAUGCCCAACAUUUGCGAAGUGGGUGAACCAAUGCCCCAAAUUCCAUCUCCGACGCCACCCCAUAACAUGAUGAUGCCCAUGUCAAACAGCAACAUACGACCUCUCUAUUCGCCUGCCUGGUCUAGCCAAUUGCCACCACCCGCUUAUCCUCUAUCGAUGUCUUACUCGCCGGCCGGCCGCUGGGCUUCGGAGAGGAUGUCCAGCGCCACACCCUCAGAGAACGAGCAAGCUAGCCCAAACCCGGGCUACGCCAAAUCGUCUACCCAUUUCAUCACACCUCUGGGAAUGCCACGUAAUUACGACGAUGAAGAUUAUGAGGAUUACGAGCAUCAUGAACGGAAUCCCGCUGGAUUCCAACCAGUAGACAACGAUGCUCAACGAACAGACGGAUUCUCUUUGGACGGUCGAGACAUUGGCGGUUCCGUCACGAACAAUUUGAAUUUCGCAUCGACCGCCGCAGGCACUACACCUGAGAGAAAACUCCUGACUCCUGUAGCCACUCUGGAAAUGACCGACUCGGAGUAUGUCUAACACACGCUCCAGCUCCAGGGCAUGAGUAGGUGUACAUGCACGCAAUCCGACCAUCUGGCGAAGACGAGGACGUUUACAAAUUCAAAGUUGACCGAAAAAAGAAGAUGAGCAAAAAUUCAACGACCUGUUUCCGUCCUCUAACCUCGAGUCCAAUCCAAUGCAAAUGACGAUAUUAUUAGAAACUGGUUGUAAUGACCGCUACCAAUUUUGGUUGUGUUAUUUGUAAAUGUACAGCUUUUUUUUUUUAAAGAAAAAAAAAACGUAUGAGUGAUAAGAUCUCUUUUGAUUCCAUUUUUUUUUAUGUCUUGUCCUUACGUGUAUACUUGCUGUUUCUGUUCGUUAAAAGUGCCAUGUUGUUUUGUUCAGUGUGCGGUGUAACCAUGUGUUUUUUUUUGUUUGUUUUAACAUCUAGUGCAAUAAAGGAAUCUUGUCUGUU